AUGGAUGGUGAUGGUGGCUCAUGGAAGACGACUGCUGGUGGAUGGAUUUCAGGGGCAGAGGAGGAGCAGGGCGGAUCACGAGGAGGAAGAGGAGGCUUCAGAAAUACCUUUUUAAAAUCAGAAACUGAUGAAAAUGGCAACGAUGAAGGUUGGAAAGAUGGUGAAGGCAAAGGAAGAGCGGGUGGUUUCCGUGGUGGUUUCCGCGGGGGUUUUUCGCGCGUGGCAAUGAAAGAGACUGGGAGAAGAGGCUUUGGAAGAGAAAAUGACGAAAAUGGCAACAGAUGGGGUUUCCGGGGUGGUUUACUGGAAGGCUUCCGUGGGGGCUUCCGUGAUGGUAGUGGUGAUGAGGAGACAGGAAAAAGAGGCUUUGGUAGAGGAGGUUUCAGAGGCCGGAAUGAGGAAGUGUUUUCCAAGGCCUCAACAGCAGACAAGCCAGAUCCAGAAGCAGGUGAAAAUGCAGGACCCAAGGUUGUCUAUGUGCCGCCUCCCCCUCCAGAAGAGGAGAGUUCCAUAUUUUCCCAUUAUGCCUCAGGCAUUAAUUUUGACAAAUAAUGAUGACAUUCCAUUGGCUAUAAAAAAAUUGUAGGACCAGACACUAUCUCUCUCUUACAGACUUUUGAUGAAGCAGGACUUUGUGAAUCACUGAGAAAGAAUGUAACGAAGUCUGGAUAUGUGAAGCCUACUCCUGUCCAGAAACAUGGAAUCCCCAUUAUUUCUGCUGGACGAGAUCUAAUGGCUUGUGCCCAGACCGGAUCAGGAAAAACUGCGCGGCCUUUCCUGCUGCCCAUUCGUCUACAGCGGCUGAUGGCUGAUGGGAGUUGGGUGAGCCCCCAAGUUCAGCGAGGUGGUCAGGAGCCGGAGGCCCUUAAUUGUGUGGCCCCCACCAGAGAGAUCAUCAAUCAGAUCUAUCUGGAGGCCAGGAAGUUUGCCUAUUGGGACCUGUGUGCGUCCUGUGGAUUGCUUGACAUCAUUGGUCGUGGAAAGGUUGGCCUGAGUAAGCUGCGGUAUUUGGUUCUUGGAUGAAGCAGACGAAUGCUGGACAUGGGCUUCGGAGCCAUAUGCGUAAAGCUAGUGGGAUCUCCAGGGCAUGCCUUCAAAGAGGAUCGACAAACCCUCAUGUAUGCCACCUACCCUGAAGAUAUUCAAAGGAUGGCAGCAGAUUUUUUGAAAGUGGACUACAUUUUCCUUGCUGUUGGUGUGGUUGGUGGAAAUACGAACAUUGAGCAGGUCCAGCAUGUCGUGAAUUUCGACCUGCCCAGCAGCAUCGAUGAAUACGUCCAUCGCAUUGGAAGAACUGGACGCUGCGGGAACAUCGGUCGGGCUGUGUCCUUUUUUAACCCAGAGUCAGACACUCCAUUAGCUCGCUCUCUGGUCAAAGUUCUGUCUGGGGCCCAACAGGAGGUUCCCAAAUGGCUGGAGGAAAUUGCUUUCAGUGCUCAUGGGACAACAGGCUUUAACCCACGUGGAAAAGUGUUUGCGUCUACAGACACUCGGAAGGGGGGAUCUUUUAAGACAGAUGAGCCACCGCAAGCAUCCGCUCCAAGCCCAGCAGUGGCUGCAGAUGACGAGGAAUGGGAAUAACUACUUACACCUUAUGUUCUAUUAUGUAGAGUUAUUUUAUUUUUAUAUUUGUGAGUUUAUUCAUUUCUCCACAUUGUUAAAAUGUUGAAUGAUUAAGGUAGCUUUGCAGUAAAGCAAAAAAAAAAGUCACAUUCUGAAAACUGUAGGUUUGAUCUGAAGGACAGAGUAUUAAUCAAGACAUGAUACCUUUUAGCAGUUUGGUUUGAAUGACCUGAUUUUUGUCACCUAUUUGAUUUACGAGCACAUCUGGAUUAGUGGAUUUUUAUCAAACUAAAA